AAACUGAUGUAUAGUGGUGCCACCUUGUGAUCGUUUUGCUUUGCCGUAGCAGACCUCUUUACACAGGGUCUUCGUGGUCUAAGAUUUCCCUGAAAAGAACGAAAAAUGGCUUCGUCGGUGGUACGGGCCCCUCUUUUGCGUAAUGCUACGGUGAGGCACUAUGCUGCUGCAGCUGCAGCUCAAAGUGCUGUGAAUCCGACACCUGAUUCUCAGGUACUGGGAAACAAGAUUACUGUAGCUGCCAUUGACAGCAAUAGCCCGGUUGCUCAGGUUUCUGUGAUUUUCAGGGCUGGUUCUCGCAAUGAAACAUAUGACACGCAAGGUAUUUCUCAUAUGCUCCGAAUUGCUGCAGGCCUGACGACAAGCCGCUCUACUGCUUUUGGCAUCACCAGGAACAUUCAACAGAUAGGAGGAAACCUAACUGCUGUGGCCGACCGCGAAAGUAUUGCCUACACGUUGCAGGUCACUCGUGACCAUCUUGGUCAAGCUCUGACAUUCUUGGAAGACGUCGCAACCCGUCAAAUUUUCAAACCAUGGGAAAUCUCCGACCAGGCUGCAAGAUUACGAUAUGAAUUAUCCAGCAUCCCAGAAACCACCAGAGUCAUUGAACUACUCCACAAGGCCGCCUACCGCAAGGGUCUUGGAUAUUCUCUCUACUGCCCAAAGCGUCAAAUCGGCAAGAUCAACAGCGAGUCUCUUCAGCACUUUGUCAGCACCUGGUUCUCCGGAAACAGAUGCGCUGUAGUCGGUUCCGGUGUUUCCCUCGAAGAACUCUCUAACUUCGCAGAAAAUCUGCAGGUCUCCGGUCGCGACAGCAACUCCGAACCCUCUAAAUAUGUGGGGGGUGAAUUGCGCAAGGAACGUAACUCGCCGCUAGCCAGUGUAGCUGUGGCAGUCGAGGGUGCUGGACUUGAUAAGGAGAAGGAUGCUCUUGCACUAGCCGUUCUUCAGUAUGCUGCUGGUACUGGUCCCCAAGUCAAAUGGGGAUCUAGUAGUGCUCCCCUGAUCAAAAGCGUCGCAUCUGCAGCUGGUUCUGAUCCUUUUGCUAUUACUGCAUUCAAUGCUAGCUAUUCCGACUCUGGUCUGUUUGGUUUUGUACUCUCCGCACCUCGCAACGUUGCUGGAUCGCUCACAACUGCUGCGUACAAAUGGCUGAAGUCUCCUAAUGUGACUGACGCCGAUAUUACUCGUGGCAAGACGGCGCUCAAAGCGUCGAUUUUGUACGCAGCUGAGGAUCCUUCUUCACAAUUGGAGGGAAUUGGGCAACAUGCACUACUCAAAGGACGCACAGCGUCGGUCGUCGCCAUUGCUGCUGAAGUUGAUAAGAUUUCUGCGUCUGAUGUUAAGAGCGUACUUUGUAAGCUUAGUGGCAAACCAUCGUUGGCGGCCAUUGGCGACCUUUCAACUGUCCCACACGUUGAUCAACUGAGUUAGAUCUUAGAAUCUAACAUUCCGACAUCCUUAGUACUAAAACUAAAAAAAAAUCAGCAUAUUUAUCACAGGAGUCAAGAACGCGAAAACCCGUUAUUUCUUCGACGUGGUAAUGGCUCGUGUUCAGUUGCAAUUCAUGUAAUUGUGUAAAUAAUAAAUAAACAAUUAGACAACAAAAAA